GCGUUAUUCGAGAAGAAAUCAACUAUGGUACGAGUUUGUGAAGAUAAGUUGGAAAGAGUGAGACCGACAAGCCAAAUUGGUCAGGUGACCAGCGUUUCGAUAACACGCGCGCUUGCAAACUGACUCCAUUGGCACAGCAUGAAAUUGAAAACGGAUGUAUGUAUUACAUGUCAUCUUAUAAGUAUCAUGAACAUUAUUAUUCGUGCAGGCCCGAUGAGUUAAAUAGUCCGUUGACAAGACUGACUUUCAAUUUAGGUUAGCUUCGAAGGAGAGCCGCUCCUCCGUUAGACAGUAGGUUCGCCCUUGUGAUUCUCUCAGACUCCAGCUCAUAUCAAGAUCAUCUCUUCACUUGAUCUUUUGACUUCCAAGCAUGGACGCUCGACCGACAUCUAUUUUGCAUAGAACGCCAUGGACACCUCCCAUCGCCAUUGCCACUGAUGGGGUUUACAUCGAUCUUGAGGACGGUCGACGUGUCAUCGAUGGCAUCGGUGGUGCUGCUGUAACCUGCAUCGGCGGAAGGCAUCCCAAGGUAGUCAAAGCCCUAAAGGACCAGAUCGAUGUUAUGUCCUAUGUAUAUAAUAUGCAGCUUUCCAGCCCUCCCGCAGAGGAACUGGCUAAAUUACUCGUGGAUACUAGUGAUGGUGCCUUCGAACAGGUCGCAUUCUUAUCUGGAGGUUCGGAAGCGAUGGAGACUGUCAUCAAACUCUCGAGACAGUACUACGUCGAGGUGGGGCAGCCAAAACGGACAAACUACAUUGCCCGUCAAAUGUCCUUCCAUGGAAAUACCUUGAGUACUCUAUCCCUCGCGUACCAUCCCGGACGCCGUGCACCGUACGAGGCUAUUCUAGACCAUCAGAAUUUCCACCACGUCUCCCCGGCCUACGCGAAGAGGUUCCAAAAACCAGAUGAGACGGAGGAGCAAUACGUCGAGCGACUCCAACAAGAACUCGAGGAUAAAUUCAUCGAACUCGGUCCGGACACAGUAAUCGGAUUUAUCGCAGAGACUGUCGUUGGUGCAACAACAGGGGUUGUGAGUGCACCAAAGGGAUACUUCAAUGCCAUGAAGUCCGUCUGCCACAAAUACGGUGCCCUUUUCAUGCUCGAUGAGGUAAUGUCUGGCAUGGGUCGAAUGGGUACUCUGCACGCUUGGCAGAGCCUCGGAGAUGGUGUUGCACCUGACCUGCAGGCAGUAGCCAAGGGUUUGGGCGGUGGUUACGCUGCCAUAGGCGCUGUUCUCAUUUCGCCUAAAGUUGCGAAAGGGAUCAGGGGGAGUUCCGGACUGAUCAAGCACGGUCACACAUAUCAGGCAAAUCCACUAGCAUGCGCGGCAUCUUUAGCUGUGCAGAAGGUCAUUAUCGAGGAGGAUCUCCUUGCGCAGUGCAGGAAGAACGGCGUACAUAUGCUUGCACUUCUGAAAGACCGCCUGCAGUCCCCAAAUGCUCUUGCAGCGCCAUAUACAUUCGAUGUGCGCGGGGCUGGGGCUUUCUUUGGGAUCGAACUCGACUUCUCCAGCCUCGAGGCACGCCGUGUUGAUAUGAAGGGCCAACAAUUCGCGAUGGUAGUGCAGGCACGUUGCCUUACAAACGGACUUGUUGCAAUGGGUAUGGCCGGUGGCUCCACUCUCGAUGGGUCAAAGGGGGACCACCUCAUGCUCGGUCCUGCAUACAAUGCUACCACAGAGGAGAUAGAAAAGAUUGUGGAUAUUUUCGUAAAGAGCAUCGAGGAGUAUUAUCAAUCUUUUGGAUGCCUACUCAACCUCAGAAUCGAUGGCUGGGAGCAUGUUCUAAUGGACUAUCAACCAAUCCAUCAGCAAGAAGCCACAAGCUCCAGUGUACCCUUGCAGCCACCAGAAUCAGAACAAGCUCACUUUCCAGCGACAUCGGCGUCAGCAUCGACUACAGAAUUCAAGCCAACACGUUCUAGCGCAAGAGUGAAAGCAGCCAAGCAGAAGGAGAAAGAACGAGAGCAAGCGAAAGAUAGAGAAGGUGACUCAGCAGAGCAAUCCGUAGCAGUGCCAUCGGAGAGCACCCGUGCAACUAGGUCUACAACCCAGACUAAGAACAAGCGUCCUCGAGAGGGUAGUUCAGGAAACGGAAAGUCCAAGGAAAUUUCAGACGAAACGACACGUGUGAGCAAGAGCAGAGGACGUCGAGCAACACUGCCUUCUGCAUCUGCCCCACCACUUGCAAUUACCGAACCAAUAAAAGACCGCAAAGGAAAGAAGCGCGCCGCUCCAGAACCGGAUUCAGAAGAAGAGGGGCAGAACAUAACCUUAUCUUCUAAGCGCACAAGAACCACAGCAUAUUCUUUGAGAUCCCGAGCAGACGCCUCAACCUCUGCAUCCGCACCCAUGCCUAGGAAACCCAGACCAUCAGCAAGCAAAGCGAAAGCAGCGGUGAAAAGUAAAUCUGGUGCUUCCGCAGGACCUUCGAAGAUGGCCGGCGAAGACGUUGCGAUGCUUGAUCCCGCGAUAGUUAGGCCCGAUGAACCUGCUCAUGAAGAACUCCCUGAUGGCUGUGACGACGAUGAUAUCGCCAUGGAUGACCAAGAUAACGGCGGUGACGGUGAAGGUGACGACAAUGGGGAUGAAGGAGGCUUGCCAGCUGCUGCUACUCGUGGAUUUGCUGGCCUGGACGAAUCUGCCGCUAUGGCAAUUUUUGGAGAUUAUCGUCAAUUUGGUUCAUACAUGGUUUCUCUCUCAAGCCGACUCAAGACCAUGUUGAAUAAUAUCAAAUCGACCGCGAGCCCAACCACUCGCUUGGUGACAUUGCAGGAGCUCAGUGAGCUCCUCAGCAUAAGCACAGAAGACACUUUAGCAGGCUCGUUCCAAGUGGAACAGUUUGUAAGGGAACUCGUGAAGAUCCUUGGUGGGCGCGGCGUUGAUGAAGACGAAGAUGACGAUGGCGGUGAUGAUGGCGAUGAACAUGACGAAGAUGCGGCUCUUGCCGCUGCGUUGGCCCUGAGCGGGGGCGGAACGUACCAGGGCGAUGAAAAUCUCGAAGCGCAGAUGCUGGCAUGUCGUUGCCUGGCAAAUCUGAUGGAAGCUCUGCCUGGUGUUGCCCACUCCGUUGUGUAUCACGGUGCAAUACCGGUCCUUUGCAGCAAGCUGAUUGAAAUCUCUUACAUCGAUCUCGCAGAACAGACUCUGAGCACACUCGAGAAAAUAUCCGAAGAGUUCCCAAGUUCUAUCGUGCGGGAAAAUGGUCUAGCGGCACUGCUGAACUAUCUCGACUUCUUCUCUAUUGCUGUGCAAAGAACUGCCCUGCAAGCUGCUGCGAACUGCUGCCGAAAUAUUUCGCCGGAUCAUUUCCAGAUGAUUCUUGGUGUUUGGCCCAUUAUUCGCAAUUGCAUUGGCUAUUCUGACCAGAGACUGGUUGAAUUCGCGUGCCUCUGCGUCAUCAGAGUUGUGGACUCUUAUCAUCGCUCCGCGACGGAGAACCUAGAAAACCUGCUGGAUGAGACCGCCAUUCGUGCGAUCAAUUUACUUCUUAUGCCAGCCGGAGGUUCCCCCCUGAUUGCUGCCAAUACCUUCACUCUACUUCUGAAGGCGCUGGCAACAGCCGCCCGCGCAAGCCCAAAAAUUACCCUUAAUCUGCUACAGGCAGACAUCGUUGACACACUCUACCAGAUCUUGACGGGGGUUCUCCCCUCAGCGUCCGGUGGUGGAGACGAGCAAGGCGGCCAGGGGCUAGCUGGCGAUGUGACUCAUAUGACAGUCAUGGAGAAUCUUGCUCACCGAUCCAAGGAGCAAGUGGAAGAAGCCCUCAGUCUGGUGUCUGAAUUAAUGCCUCCUCUUCCGAAAGAUGGCGUGUUUGAUCACAAGGGGUAUACUGACAAGGCAUUGACACGAAUGGUGAAGGCUAAAGCCAAGGCUGAUCGCGCUGCUGCACGUCAUGCUGCAUUCACAUCAUAUCAGCCAAGCCCUGACGUAUCAGCGCAAGCGACACCUGCAGCGGAACCAUUUCAGGAUACCAGCAUGAACGACUUUCAAAUGCAGGAUCCUGACGACAUUCCUCCUCUGCCCUCUGCUGCUGAGCCUGCAGUAGCUGAUCGUACUGAGCUUCUGCGUUCCAAGCCGGAGGUUGUUGGACGGUUCAUGCAGCUGAUGGUGCCCAUCUUGAUAGAUGUAUAUGCUGCUAGCGUAAUCACCCCCGUCCGGGUUAAAACUUUGACAGGCCUAUUAAAGGCGGUAGGUUUCCUUGAAGGGGAUGCGCUCAAGGAUGCUUUCAAUCUUGUACCUGUGGCGAGUUUUGCCUCGUCGAUUUUGUCCUCUAAGGAUCAUCCUUCACUGGUAAUCGGCGCACUCCAGCUCGUAGAUCUUCUGCUACAGAAGCUUCCUGCGGAAUACCGCCCUGUCCUUCGCCGUGAAGGAGUAUUCCACGAGAUCGAGUCACUUGCAACAAGGACUUUAACUUCCGCAAAAUCCAAGGAUUCAGAUGGCACCAUUGUAGCGGAGCCUAUGAACAUUCCUAUCCAUGUUUCUUCUACGAUACCGGGAUACAAGAAGCUUCACUCGCUUUCCCUGGAACCUGAGGAUGCAAUCACUUUGCGGGCCCGAGUCAUUCGCUUCAAGUACUCCUUGGGACAGGAAGAGGGUGACGAGGAUAAUGCCUUCGAUGAACUUCGCCGUCUUGUCGAUAGACUAGCGGCUCCAGAUGUGGGCGAGUCGGUCAUGUCAUCUGCGUUGAGAGACAUCGCAGAUCACUUCACAUCUCACUCUUCUGUCUCAAGCUUCGAGCUUCUGCAGAGUGGAGCUGUCGACGGGUUAUUGCGCUUUGCCACCGACCCUACCAGGAGUUCAGUCACCAACAAACGACGCCAAGAGUUAUUGUACGAUGCAUUUAGCCGAAUCCCGAGAGUUAAUCAGUCACCUCUUACGGUAUUGGUGAAGAAGCUGCAGGAGAGUCUCACGAGGAUGGAAGACUUUGACGUCGUCACUGUUUCACAAGGCACAGAUGAUUCUAAACGAAGCUCGCCAUCCCUGCUGGCGCGACAACUUCGUCUUCGUCUAGUUGCCGAUAAUGAAUCUGAUAUUCCUCGCAACCUUCAGAACAUGGUCGUUUCCAUUCAUGCCAUCGCAACAUUCCAAGCCUUGAAUGACUACCUGCGUCCCAGAAUCACGGGUCUAAUGUCAUCCGGAGGACUGUCUGGAAUGUUAGCGGCUUUGGCAGCUUCUGGCUUUGGCCCAGUAGGUUCGCGCAAUCCUCCGGAGGCCCCAAUGCAAGCAAGCAAGCCUGUAGAGUCUAGCAGUGCUACAAAAACAGUUCCUGAGACACCCGCCGCUGGUUCCUCAGAGAUUGGUCGACGCCGGAGUUUAAGACUCAGCGCUAAGAAUGGUGGACCGUCAACUGACAAGAGCGAGGGCAGCACGACGUCAGCGCCUACCUCAGUCCCUACCGCCUCAUCAUCUGCUGCUGCCCCUCAAUCUACAGCGCAACGCAUGGAAGCCCUCAUUCAGGAUGGUGGACUCAUAUCAGACUUUACCGACGAUGAGGUGGACGCCGAGGUAUUCGAAGACGAAGAUGAUAUUGACUCUGCUGCAGACAAGACUGUUACCUUGUCCAUCGCUGACGAUGGCAGUAAAGUGGAAGCUCAAACUCCAGAUGGAACGCGAGUUGCGACGCCAAGUACAGCGCCUUUAAUUUCAUCAUCUAGACCAUCCAAUGCGAACAAGACUUCGUAUGCGGCAGCUCUAAAAGCCAAACCGGCAGACUGGCACCUUGAGUUUUCUAUGGACGACCACCUUCUGCCACUUGACUUGACUAUAUAUGGCGCCAUUCAUCAGCAUGAAAUCCGUAAGAAGCUUGGUCCUGUGCCAUCGAGCUCCAUGUGGCAAGGAAUCUAUACAGUCAAGUUCAAGAAAGUGAAUGGUCCUCCUCCGAGUCAAGAACCACGUGCAGACACCUCGGCAUCUAAAAUACGAUCACCUAGUCCAACCCUUUCUUCGCUCCCAGAUGACGCCCCCCAUGCCAAGAUUCUCCGUUUGCUCCGUGUAUUGCAUAAGCUUAACGCUGCCGAAGCGCAACGGCCGGCGAGACCGUUAGAUCGCCGCGCGCUCUCGGAGGCCACCUUCAUUAAUAACAAGUUAACUGCCAAACUCACUCGCCAGCUGGAAGAACCGAUGAUCGUGGUCAGUUCAUGCCUACCUGACUGGGCACUUGACUUGCCACAAAACUUCCCUUUCCUCUUCCCAUUCGCGACUAGGUAUAACUACCUUCAAUCGACUUCCUUCGGAUAUGCUCGCCUUAUUCUGAAGUGGCAAAGCCAGCAAGGCCGCAGCCAGGACAGCUCGCGACGAGACGAGGGAAUCGGUUUCCUUGGACGGCUGCAGCGGCAGAAGGUUCGCAUCUCCCGCAAACACAUCUUGGAGUCAGCGGUCAAGGUUUUCGAGCUCUAUGGGUCUUCGUCUUCAAUUUUGGAGGUGGAGUACUUUGAUGAGGUUGGGACUGGACUUGGACCUACUCUUGAGUUUUAUUCCCUCGUCUCGAAGGAAUUUGCCAGGAGAGAUCUCAAGAUAUGGCGAGAUGCCGACUCAGCUGCUCCUGGCAUAUAUGUACAUCACCCUGCGGGACUCUAUCCUGCCCCCAUCAGCCCUGAUGACAUUGCCAAUGACGGGGGACAAAAGCGGACCCACAUCCUCCGCGUCGUCGGCCAAUAUGUGGCGAAGGCAAUGUUGGACUCCCGCAUUAUCGAUCUUUCAGUUAAUAAGGUUUUCGUAAAACUCGUGCUAGGGGAGGAAGUGCCUUUGACUAUCGAGUCCUUGAAGCUUGUGGACAACGAACUUGCGAGCUCUCUCUCCAAACUUCAGAGCUACGCGUCCAUGAAAGGGCAGAGUGAGAAGCUCUUCCGUAAGGUUGCAUUGAUGGAUAUUGUCAAUGUCGAAGAGCUUGCGCUUGAUUUCACAGUUCCCGGAUACGACAUUGAGCUUCGGCCUGGCGGACGCAACAUCCCUGUGACUUCGGAGAACGCAGAAGAAUACAUUCACGAGGUCUUGGAUGCAAUUAUUGGUGCUGGCGUUCAGCCACAGGCUAGGGCGUUCCGAGAGGGCUUCUCUAAGGUGUUCCCCAUCUCUGAUUUGCAGGCGUUCUCAGCGGACGAGUUGGUGAUGCUAUUUGGCAACUCAGAUGAAGAUUGGGGAGCAGAGACGUUGAAUGAAGCUAUCAAGGCCGACCAUGGCUUCCACAGCGAGAGUCGUGCAAUUCGCGAGCUGAUAGGGAUCAUGUCGGAAUUCGAUGCAUGCGCUCGUCGUGAUUUCCUGCAAUUUAUUACAGGAAGUCCGAAACUUCCUAUCGGAGGGUUCCGUGGUCUCAACCCUCCACUAACUGUCGUCCGCAAGCCACAUGAGCCACCGCUUAUAGCAGAUGAUUACCUGCCGAGUGUCAUGACUUGUGUCAAUUACUUGAAGCUACCGGAGUAUAGUUCAAAGGUGGUCAUGCGAGAGAAACUACGCAUCGCGAUGAAAGAAGGAGUUGGCAGUUUCCAUUUGUCCUAGUACUUUUCGGCAUUAUAAGUCAUUGUAUAUGCACACAAUCUUUCUUGUUCAUCCAUUUACUUGUAAUAGAAGUUCAUAUCGACAGAAA